CUUGAUUCAUUUGCUCACUACCUUAAUUUAAAAGAUACACAGCCAUUCCCCUCACCCUUCAGCAGAAAACUCAGUGUUCAAGGAGAGCAAAGCUUAAGGCCAAUACCUUGUUCCUCUGCAGAUGGCCUCAGCUGCUCUCCUGAAGUCUUCUUUCCUUCCCAAGAGAUCUGAAUGGCACACUACACGGAAAUCAUCAACCCCUCAGCCGACGGUCAUCGCUUUCAGCGUUCGUGCUGGCGCCUACUCCGACGAGCUUGUCAAGACAGCAAAAAGUAUUGCGUCACCAGGUAGAGGAAUACUGGCCAUGGAUGAAUCCAACGCCACCUGCGGGAAAAGACUCGCAACGAUCGGGCUGGAGAACACCGAGGCGAACCGACAAGCUUACAGGACCCUCCUUGUCUCAGCACCUGGUCUGGGUCAGUACAUCUCCGGAGCAAUCCUGUUCGAGGAAACUCUUUAUCAGUCGACCACAGAUGGUAAGAAGAUGGUUGAUGUUCUUACUCAACAGAACAUAAUGCCAGGGAUCAAGGUCGACAAGGGUUUAGUGCCACUCACUGGCUCAAAUGACGAAUCAUGGUGCCAAGGACUGGACGGCCUGGCAUCGCGAUGCGCAGCAUACUAUCAACAGGGUGCCCGCUUUGCUAAAUGGCGUACAGUGGUCAGCAUUCCAAAUGGCCCAUCGGCUCUUGCAGUCAAGGAAGCUGCCUGGGGCUUGGCUCGAUACGCUGCCAUCGCACAAGACAAUGGGUUGGUGCCGAUUGUGGAGCCAGAAAUCCUGCUUGACGGAGACCACGGAAUCGAGAGGACCUUCGAGGUUGCACAGAAAGUAUGGGCUGAGGUCUUCUUCUACCUGGCCGAGAACAACGUCAUGUUCGAAGGCAUCCUCCUGAAGCCGAGCAUGGUGACCCCGGGCGCUGAGUGCCCAGAGAAAGCCACACCAAAGCAAGUUGCUGAGUACACCUUGAAGCUUCUGCACAGAAGAAUCCCACCUGCUGUUCCUGGCAUCAUGUUUCUUUCCGGAGGCCAGUCGGAGGUGGAGGCAACCUUCAACCUGAACGCCAUGAACCAAGGCCCCAACCCAUGGCACGUCUCCUUCUCCUACGCCAGAGCGCUACAGAACACCUGCCUCAAGACAUGGGGAGGGAGGCCGGAGAACGUAAAGGCCGCGCAAGAUGCUCUGCUCUUCCGGGCCAAGGCCAACUCGCUCGCGCAGCUCGGAAAGUAUACAGGCGAGGGUGAGUCUGCAGAGGCUACAAAGGGGAUGUUUGUCAAGGGCUACACAUACUGACAGCCCCCAUCGAAGCAUGGCGUUUCCACGGAUCCUGUGGUUUUGAGUACUACUGCCUAAUGCGAUGUAGGAGAUGAUCGAUACAGCUGAAUACUUCAAACAUGUUUUGGAUCGUUAAGUUUGUAUAAGACUGUGCCAUCUAUGAUUGGAUACAAGCUGUUUAGCUGCGCUUGUUACAAGCUUUGUGCCAA